AUGGGCUUCUUUAGUAAGCUCAACUUUAAGGAUGCUCCCCUUUCGGAGACAUCUCAUAUCAAAGCUGAAAAUGAGAUUCCAGAAGAACUCAAGUUGCAGGCGGUUAAGUCUGGUGAAUUGGACAUGUUAUCCGCCCAGCUUUCCCAACAAAUCAUGGAAGACGAGUACGCCGGCGUGGUGAUUGACGACGACUCUCCAUACCCAGAAGUGAGAGCCGCGGUUUCCUCCUCUGAUGACCCUUCGGUCCCCCAAAAUACUCUCAGAAUGUGGGUUAUCGGUAUGCUCAUGAGUACUAUCGGGUGUGCCUUGAACAUGUUCUUUUCCUUGCACGCCCCUGCUUUCCAGAUCACUACCAUGGUCACCUCUAUCGUUGCCUGGCCCAUGGGUAGAGCCUGGGAAUACUUAAUGCCGCAAAUGAAGGUCUUUGGUAUGGAAUUAAACCCGGGUCCUUUCAACAUCAAAGAGCAUGCUUUCAUAACCAUUAUGGCUAACGUCUCUUUCGGUGGUGGUGCUGCUUAUGCCACUGAUAUUAUCUUGGCCAUGAACAACUACUACCACAAGAACUUUGGCUGGGGGUUCAACUUGUUGGCUAUCUGGGCCACCCAGUGUAUUGGUUUCUCCAUGGCUGGUCUCUGCAGACGUGUCCUUGUUGAGUCGCCAAGUGCCAUUUGGCCACAGAACUUGGUCACUUGUACCUUCUUAUCCAACAUCCACAGUAACAUAAACCACCCUGCGAACGGGUGGAAGAUCUCGCGGCUUCGCUUUUUCUUGAUCAUCUUUCUUUGUUCUUUCGUCUGGUACUGGUUCCCAGCCUUCAUCUUCCAAGCCUUAUCUUACUUUGCGUGGGUUACCUGGAUCAAGCCUAAUAACGUCAUCGUCAAUCAAGUGUUUGGGGCCUCUACCGGCCUUGGUUUAUUGCCUAUCACCUUUGAUUGGAACCAGAUCGCAGGUUACAUUGGGUCCCCGUUGGUUCCGCCAGUGUCUGUUAUUUUCACCAUCUUGUUUGCUAUGGUUUCCAUCUACUGGGUCGCCACUCCAGUUCUCCACUACAAGAACGUCUGGUACGGCAAAUACUUACCAAUGUCCGACUCUGGUUCCUAUGACAGAUUCCAACAACCGUACAACGUGUCCCGGAUUGUGGAUGAAAACUUGAAUUUCAACCCCAAAGCUUACAAAGAAUACUCUCCAUUGUUUUUGUCCACCACCUUUGCCGUCUCCUAUGGCUUGUCUUUUGCGGCCAUGACCGCUACCAUCGUCCACACCGGUCUUUUCCACGGAAAGGAUAUCUGGAACCAGAUGACCGGGUCCAAGAACCAAGCCUCCGAUGUCCAUCAAAGGUUGAUGAAGGCCUACAAGCCGGUUCCAGAAUGGUGGUAUGCAAUUGUCUUCCUCGUCUUCUUCGGUAUGUCCAUUGCUGUUGUUAGAGCCUGGCCAACCGAGAUGCCCGUGUACUCCCUUGUGCUUGCCCUUUUGAUUGCCUUUUUCUUUUUGAUGCCAGUUGGGGUUAUCUUCGCCUUGACCAACAUUGCUGUUGGCUUGAACGUUAUCACCGAAUUUAUCGUUGGUUACAUGGUUCCAGGGAAGCCAGUUGCCAUGAUGUUUUUCAAGACUUUUGGUUACAUCACCAACAACCAAGCCAUCACCUUUGCUCAGGAUAUGAAGUUGGGUCACUACAUGAAGUUGGAGCCACGCUUGUUAUUCUGGGCUCAAUUUAUUGCCACCAUCUGGGGUUCCUUAGUGCAGAUAUGUGUGUUGAAGUGGGCCCAGGGCGCUAUUAAUGGCCUCUGUGACGCACACCAAAAGAACCACUUCACCUGUCCUACCGGUAAAGUUUUCUUCAAUGCCUCCGUCAUCUGGGGUGUCAUCGGUCCAGAGAGACAGUUCUCCAGUGGUGAAAUAUACAAUGGGUUAUUGCACUUUUUCUGGAUCGGUGCUCUCUUGCCAAUCAUCAACUGGGUUAUCUUGAGGAGAUGGCCAGGUUCUCCAGUCAAGUACAUUCACUGGCCAGUCUUUUUCUCUGCUACUGGCUACAUUCCACCGGCCACUCCAUAUAACUACGGCUCUUACUGUAUUGUUGGUAUCGUGUUUGGCUACUUUAUUAAGAAGAGAUUCUUCCACUGGUGGACAAAGUACAACUAUUCCCUUUCCGCUGGCUUGGACAUCGGUUUAGCGUGGGCUUCAUGGCUUAUCUUCUUGUCUUUGUACUUGACGAACGCGAAUGCGCCAAACUGGUGGGGUAAUAACGUGAUUACAGAGACUAUGGACUAUCAAGGCACCGCCUUGAACCGAGUUUUGGCAGAUGGUGAAUCCUUUGGACCAUCCACUUGGUCUUCUUAA